AUGCAUGUCCAUGUCCUGGGCGUCGGCGCGAUAGGUACGCUGAUUGCUGCGCAUGUACGUGCUAUGGUCCGGCAGCGUAGCAUGGCGGCUACGGCAUCGUCGGUGCCAAGCUGGCGCUUCUCGCGUGUGCCUAUGUUUGUCGUGCCGCAGCAUGUAGCCCCCUUCUGGCCUGACGCCACGACGACGACGGUGACACUGCAUAUGCGCGAUCGCAUGUACGAUCGUGCGAAAGAGCCGCGGAAGCCCGGUGCUAGCGUCACGGUAGAGCGCGAUGGAGCACGUCUGACCGAGACCGGAUUCCAUGUCGAGCUCACAUCGCCCGCCGAUCCCAGCCAGCCACGCUACUUGGCCCCCGAUGCCCACGGCGUACUGCAGGACCAGCCCGGUACACCGCCUCUGCCGAUCGACAGCCUGAUUGUGACGACGAAGGCAGAUGCCACAUAUGCGGCCCUCGCUCCGUUGGCGCCACGUAUUACCCCCGCUACGACGAUUGUCCUCCUCCAGAAUGGCAUGGGUGUGCUGGACAUGCUAUUGGAACGGAUAUGGCAGCACCCUGACUCGCGCCCUCACUUUGUGCUGGCCAGUGCGACACAUGGCUGCUAUGUCAAGCGGCCUCUGCAUACCGUGCAUGCCGGGUUUGGGAGUAUGCAUCUUGGCCUUGUGCCCAGCGCGAUGGCCCCCCGUGCCGAGACAGACGCCUCGUUGGAACGGCCGCUGCCCCCUGUCACGAAUGCCACUCAGCCAGAACUGGAUUUGGCUGCGAUACCCGAUGCUCCAUACACCCGCAGUGUCCGCGAAACGCUCGCGUUGCUUCUCUCGCUGCCGCUGGAUGUGCAUUGGGAGCCGAUUCGUGCCUUCCAACUUCGUGCGCUACGUAAGCUGAUUAUCAAUGCGUGCAUCAACCCGACCACCGCGCUGGCAGACUGCAAGAAUGGCGACUUGUUUGGUGCGCCCAAUGCGCUGGACCUGUUCCGUGCGCUGUGCACGGAAGCAAGUCAAGUGCUGGAGGCGCACGCGCGCGAUGCCAAGGCGGCGCAGGCCUCGCGGGAGACAGAUGCGGCGCAUCUGAGCACACUGCCGCUAGCGGAUCUACUCACGCAGACCGAUGCGGAUGGCCUGCCGCUGCUCGAUACGUCGCUGAAGCCUGCAUCGAUGCUGCAUGAAGUUGAGAAUGUCGUGCGAGCCACAGCGGCGAACUGGAGCAGCAUGCACCAGGAUGUGUACCAACGACGUGGCCGGACGGAGAUUGACUUUAUGAAUGGGUAUCUAUCGGAGUUGGGACGCGCGUAUGGCAUCCCUACGCCGACGCACGACAUGAUGACGAAUCUCAUCAAACUCAAGACACAGCGGGCGACUGGCUCGUGGCGCACACGCGCAAUGUAA